AGUUGCGACCUUACUUCAAAGGGAAUGCUUGUGAAACUCUAUCACAGAUUCACAGGUGUGAAAAGAAUCCCAGGCAUUCACAAUUAUCAACCCAACCCCCUUUUCUCUCCAUGGAUUAUGAACCUCCAUUUCAAGAAACCUACAAGAACUUUCUACAGAACUCUUUUGAUGAGUCAGAAGACAAAAAUCUUUUCAUGGUUGAGGAAUGCGAGCUACCCUUGAUUAAUCUCAGUCAAUUAAACUUAGAGCAAUUGGAGAGAGACAAGUGCAUCAAAGAGAUAGCUGAAGCGGCUAGACAAUGGGGUUUCUUUCAAGUUGUGAAUCAUGGUGUUCCUCAAGAGAUUCUUAACAAUUUGCAAUACGAGCAGAAGAUGGUGUUCCAUUUGUCUUUUGAAAAGAAGGCUGAAGAGAAGUUUCUGAACUUAUCAACUAAUAGUUAUCGUUGGGGGAAUCCAGAGGCUACUUCUCUAAAGCAGGUCCCAUGGUCGGAAACCCUUCAUAUAUCUCUAGCUGAUAUUUCAAGAAUGGAUAAACGCAAUAGUCUCAGGUCAACCAUUGACGCAUUUGGGACAACAGCUUCCACUCUGGCUCAAAGCUUAGCUGAAAUUCUGGCCCAGAGUUUAGGCAUUGAAUCUAAUUUCUUCCGAGAGAAUUUCCCGCCAAAAACUAGUUAUAUUCGAAUGAACAGAUAUCCUAAAUGUCCAUUGGCAUCCAAAGUCUUUGGCCUGGUGCCUCACUCGGAUAGCAAUUUGCUCACAAUAUUGUAUCAAGAUCAGGUUGGUGGAUUGCAAUUGAUGAAAGAUGGAAGAUGGUUUAAAGUUAAACCUAAUCCAAAAGCUCUAAUUAUCAACAUCGGUGACUUAUUUCAGGCACUGAGCAAUGAUGUUUUCAAGAGCAUCAAACACCGAGUGGUUUCGCCUCAAGAAGUUGAAAGGUUCUCUGCGGCAUAUUUCUACUGCCCCUCUAAUGAUGCAGUAAUCCAGAGCUAUGCCAAGCCCGCCAUGUACAGACCAUUUACUCUCAGAGAGUAUAGACAGCAAAUCCAAAAGGAUGUUCAAGAUACUGGUGACAAAAUAGGUCUCUCAAGGUUUCUCCUCUCUGAAUAAUAUUUCACCAAAGAUUGUGUCUAAUUGCUAGGGUGUGUGGUUUGGGAAUGAGUUCCUUAGUCCCACCUUGGAGUUGGAGUUGGAGUUGGAGUUUGAGUUUGAGUUUGAGUUGUAUCUGGGUUGUAAUAAAUAAUGUUGAUUAGGAUUU